AUGGUUCGAGCCUACGACUCUUCGAACCGGAAAUACGAGACUUCUCGAGCCGAGGCGGAGGUCAGGAUUGCUGAGGCCGAUGCCAGGAUAGUCGAGGCGGAUGCCAAGAGUGCCGAGGCUGAGGCCAAGAUUGCCGAGGCGGCGACCAAGAUUGCCGAGGCAGAUGAGGCCAGGCGGAAAGCCGAAGCGUUGGCCAAGGCAGAGAAGGUCGAGCGAUUGAAGACGGCCGAGGAUGGUCUUCGCCUUCGUCGAAAGUUGGAGGCUGAAGUCGAACGCUUGAACCGACUAUUCACCGAGGAGAAGUCUCUUCGGGAGAAGGAAGUAGGUCGGGAGAGGAAAGCGGCUAAGAAGGAGUUCGCCAAGAAGAUUGAGGCGAUAGAGGCGAAGAUGGACCUGUACGGGAAGGCGUCCGAGCGCUACAUGUUCCUGGUCCAGGCUAGGGCAAAUGCCGAAUUGAUUGCCGAUCUUGAAGGCGGCAAAAACGCCGAAGAUGAGAAGGAGGAAGUGCUCCAGUGGAAAGCGGAGUACGGAGAUGCCGAGGAAGAGUUCGUGCAGAUUGGAACCAAGCUGCGAGAGGAUCUGAGGCUUCCUCCGGCUUCUCCAGAUUCUGUUGAAGAUAAUUUCGGAAACAGAUCAAUCGAGGGAGUUACCGCGGGGAUUGGUAUUACGGAUCAGGCGGGUACAUUUCUACAGCCCGUGGCAGCGCAUGUCGAGGAGCGAGACGAAUAA